AUGUCGACGGCCGACGCGCCAGACGCAACAAAUGCGGCGGUGGCCGAGCUGGGUUCUGCGGCCGCCGCGAAGCCGCAGCGCGUGCUGGCUUGCCUGCUCUGUCAGCAGCGCAAAAUCAAAUGCAAUCGCCAGUUCCCGUGCUCCAACUGCACGCGCACCGGCGCCCACUGCGUUCCCGCCAGUCUGGUCCCGCGCCAGCGCCGCCGCCGCUUCCCCGAGCGCGAGCUGCUGGACCGUAUUCGCCACUACGAGGCCCUGUUGCGCCAGCACGGCGUUAGCUUUGAGCCUCUCCACCCACCCCCCGCCGCCGCUGGCGCGGCCCCCACGGCUGCUGUUGCUGGUGCUGCUGCCGCCGCCGAGGCCCUAUCUGCUCCCCUCGGGGAUGCCGGCAAUGAUGAUGACGGCGACGACGACGAUGACGAUGAAGCGGUCGACGCCGGCUAUUUGCACGAUGGCGACGAUCUGCGAGCCGCCGUGAUUAAGAAGGCGUGGGAUUACACCUACCGCAGCGCCACCGAGAGCAACCAGCAGCUGCUCUUUGGCUCGCCCGCCAGCGCGAGCGACGUCGAGCUGACCGCCGCGCAUCCGCCGCAGGCCAAGAUCUUUCGGCUCUGGCAGAUCUACCUGGACAACGUGAAUCCGCUCCUGAAAGUCACGCACACCCCCACCCUGCAAGCUCGCAUCAUCGACGCCGUCGGCGACCUGGCGAACAUCAGUGCGCCCUUGGAGGCCCUGCUCUUCAGCAUUUACUGUGUCGCUGUUCUGAGUCUCCCCGACGAUCAGUGCCAGGCCGUGUUCGGCUCGCCAAAACAGGCGCUCCUGGCCGGGUACCAGCUCGCAUGCCGGCAAGCCUUGUCCAAGUGCCGCUUCUUGCAGUCUGGCGACCCCGACUGCCUGACGGCCCUCUAUCUUUACCUGAUUUCGGUCAGAAGCAUGAUGGACCCUCGGUCUCUGUCGUCCAUGUCGGCCGUCGCAAUCCGCAUCGCCCAGCGUUUGGGCUACCACAGCGAGGCCAGCAAUGCCAAGUGCAACGCUCUCGACGCAGAGAUGCGCCGGCGGCUGUGGUGGUCACUGGUGAUCUUCGACAAUCGGGUCUGCGAGAUCUUCCAUUACAAGACGGCAACGCUGAGCCCCACCUGGGACUGCCGGCCUCCGCUCAACCUGAACGACUUCGAGCUCCGGGCAGAAACCAAGAGCCUUCCGCAGGUCUCGGAGCGGCCUACCGAGGCCUUCUUUGUCGUUCUCCGCAGCGAGCUGAGCGAUUUCGUCCGCCACUCCGCCUUCCACCUCGACUUCAUCGACCCGCUGUUGACCUCCUUUGCCCAAACGAAGAUGGCUACACGAGGCAGCGGAAGUAGCCCGCCCACGCCUCGCGACCUGGCCGAACUGCAGAGGAAUGUCGAGGAAAGGCUGAGGCUCUGUGAUCCGCAGAAUCCGCUCCAGUUCAUGACAAUAUGGACGGCGCGGGGAUACCUCGCCAGGUGCUUCCUGCUGGAACACUGCUGGAAGCACUUGACUUCGUCGCCGAGCCAGCAAGCAGACGGCCACUCUGCUGCCGCCGUCGGCUACGCCCUCAGCGUAGUGCAAUGUGACACUAGGCUCAUGACGUCGCCCCUGACCAAGGGAUUCCUCUGGUACCACGAGUCCUUCUUCCCGUUCCUUGGCUACACAUACCUUCUUCAAAGGCUGAGGAAGCGACCUGCCGACGAACAGGCCGACCUGGCCUGGGAGGUCAUGAGCGACAACUACGAGGCUCGCAACAUGACUGCCAAGUUCAGCUACAUGGAGCCCAUCUUUGUCGUUUUUGCGCGACUGGUCAUGAUGGCCUGGGAGGCCCGCCAGUCGAUGCUCCGACAACACGGCCGGCCGGCGGAGCCGCCGCGGAUCGUGGCGUACGUCAAGCACAAGAUCCAGGGCAGCACGGACAUGACGCUCAUCAGCGGUGCCACAAGCGCGCUCAACCUGGCGGAGCCGUCAACGUCCAUGCCCGUCGGGAUCGGCGCGAAUACCGCCGCCGCCACGGCCGCCGCCGCCGGGCCGUCCUUCGCAGCUCCCGUCCCCCCCUGCGGGUACCCGGACGCGCCGGUGGGCCAGGCGGCCAUGAUCAGCCCUAUGGCUAUGGACAUGGACCCGUUCUGGCCCGCGAUGGACUGGGGAUUGGUGCCGAAUCGGCAAUGGUGA